AUGGACAGCCAAUCAUCCGAGUUUCCCUCUUACACCAUGGCUUCAGGAUUCCCUACCAUGGGUCCCGCCAACACCGCCUACGACCUCAUUGCCGCUCAGUUCGCUACCCGUAUUGGCUCAAAUGAGAACGGCUACUGCACCCCGUCUUCGCUGUGGUCCGGCCCCCCGAGCCCUACAUCCAGCAUCGACACCAACAAGGCCGGCGACUCCGCCGACGACUACAGCAACUCUUCGGCGAGCGCCUCCGAAAGCUCCGGCGACAAAGCCUCUCAGAAGAACAGACGCGCCAACCGCUAUAAGAACUGCACCGAGGCCGUCCUUUCGAAACGUCGUGCUCAGAACCGUGCCAACCAGCGCGCCUACCGCAAGCGCAAGGAGCAGCGCCUGGAAGAGCUCCAGCAGCAGAUUGACGAAAUGAGCCAGAAGAACGACGCCCUCUGCUGCGCUUACAGGCUGCUGGCCAACGAGUGCUGCCGCCUCCGCGCCGGCCAGAUGGCCGACCAGUCUUCCACCAACUGGGCCAUGAACGGCGCCGGCAACCUGGCCCUCGACAUGGCCGCCCUUACCGCCUACGGCAGCCCCAUCUCAAACUCUAGCCCUAUGCCCGAGUCGUAUUUGGACUAUCCCGGCACUCCCGAGAAGCUGUGGAGCUCCUUUCAGUGA